AUGGACGGCGUGCGGGCCCUGGACAUUCUGCCGUUGCUGAACGAGCGGUUCGCGCUGCUGUCCGGCGGCCGCGACAACCGCGGCGGACCGAUCAUCUGCUUUCCGGCGACCACCAAGCGCGAGCGGAUCAAACCGGAAGACAUCAAGCGGGUCGUGAGCUACUUCAUCGGCAUACCGAGCGAUGACAGCAAGGGCCUCGGGUUCACCAUCAUCGUCGACAUGCGGGGCAACGGCAACACGGCGGCGAGCGCCAAGAUGAUCCUGAAGGUGCUGCAGGAGAGCUUCGGAGCGGAGGUCAUCCACCAGGCGGUCAUCAUCAAGCCGGACAACUUCUGGCACAAGCAGCGCUCGUCGAUCGCGAGCAGCAAGUACAAGUUCGAGACGACCACCAUCUCGAUCCAGUCGCUCGGCAAGCUGGUCGAACCGUCGCAGCUGACGUCCGACUUCGAGGGCUUCCUGCACUACGAUCACAGCCUGUGGAUCGAUCUGCGCGUCGCGUUCGAGGACUUCCUGUGGCAGGCGAGUGACAUCCUCGACCGGAUCGACGACUUGCAGGAGGACCUGACGCACACCGACUGCCCGGAGGACGUGAUCGGCGUGAAGCACAGCAUCGAAGCGCACAACGAGAUGAAGCGCAAAGUGCUGAAGCUGCCCAUCGAGGAUCUUGACCUGCAAGGCCAGAAGCUGCUCGGCAAGCUCACCACCUACUCGAACCGGAACGACGAGAGCUGCCACUCGACCUCGUCGCCGGCCAAGUGCCACAAUCCGGACGUCUCGUCGGCCCUGAACCAGGUGCUGCAACAGCUGGAAGCGGUACGGAACGCCCAGCAGCAAUUGUUGAACCUGUGGCAGCAUCGCAAAACGAAACUCGACCAAUGCUUCCAGCUGCGGCUGUUCGAACAGGACUGCGAGAAAAUGUUCGACUGGAUCCUGCACAACCGGGACGUGUUCCAGGAGACGUACGUCGAGAUUGGGCACAACUACGCGAUCGCCAAAAAUCUGCAAGAAGAACACCAGCGCUUCGCCAUAACCUCGCGUAACGUGUGCGUCAACAUCAACCGCAUACUGGCCGUGGCGGCCCGGCUGUACGAGGGUAAUCACUACGCCGCCGGCCACAUUCGUACUCUGGCCGCCCGGUUGGAUAAGACGUGGAAAGACUUUGUCACGACGCUAGACGAACGGACGGCGGUGCUGACGCUGUCGGUCGUGUUCCACCACAAGGCGGAACAGUACACGGAGAGCGUGAGCAGCUGGGCGGCAGCCUGCGAAUCAACGAUACCGACCCCGACGAACGUGGAGAUCCUGGAGACGGCCAUCGGGACACACCAGUCACUGUACGAAGCGAUGUGCCAGGCAUACACCGAGGUGCAUUCGACUAGCAAAAAGCUGCUCUAUCAACUCGAUCAUCUGGUGCAGGUUUGCAAUCAACCGCCGAUUGUAAACACGCGGAAAAAUGAAAAAGCCCACUUCAAUGGUGGCAAUCCGGCGGCCGACUACAGCGAGGGAGCGUCCCACGUGCUGGCGGUGAUCCAUCAAAUUCUGGGCCACCAUCGGGCACUGGAAAUCAAGUGGAGUGCGGGCAAGAUGCGGCUACACCAGAAGCUGGCGCUCCGCCUGUUCCAGGAGGACGUGAAACAGGUGCUGGACUGGCUGCAGAACCAUGGCGAUGUGUUUCUGCGGAAAAACCGUGGCAUCGGCAAGAGCCUACAGAAGGCCCGCAUCUACCAGACGAGCCACGAGCACUUUGAAAAUGUGGCGCAAAACACGUACCGCAAUGCGGAGAAGCUGCUAACGGCGGCCGAAGAGUUGGCACGAUCGGGCGAGGUGUCGCCGCAGGAAAUAUACUCGGUGGCCCGCGAUCUCGAGGCGAACGUGGCUUCGUUUGCGGAGCGCGUCGACAAGCGGCGCCGACGGCUCGAGCUGGCGGUGGUGUUUUACUCGAACGAGAAAGAGAUCUGCGCCUGGCAGGAGCAACUGCACGCGGAGGUCACGAACGAGGAAUCGCUCGAGCUGGCCAACGAGCACCUCGAGGGCACGGAGCGGUUGCUGGAGCAGUGCAAGGAGCAAGAGGAAAGCACACUGAAAACGUGUAUGCAGGCGAUCGCCCAAGGCGAAGCGUUGCUGACGGAGUUACGGCCGAUCGAGGAAGAAGACAGCUCCGGGUCACUGACGGCCGUUCAGAAUGCGGUCGAUCGCAUAAAGAACAACCGGCUCGAUCUGGAGAACCUCUGGCAGACGCGACGCAUGAAGAUCGAUAUGUAUCUACGGUUGCGCAUCUUCGAACGGGAUGCGCUCGAAGUGUCCUCGCAGCUGGAGAUGUGGGCCGAAGAGCUACAGCACACGGAGGUGUCACGUGACUUUCAGAAAACCGAACAAUUCCUGCGCCUCCACAAUGAGUCCGUUAGCCAGAUGCAGACCACCACGUACCAGGUGAUAAACCAGGGUCAGGAACUGAACAAGUUGUUCGAAUCGUCCGGUCUGUUUAUAAUGGCCGACGCGAACCACACGGCCCAGACGCGGGUGCAGUACUUGCUCGAGUUUUUGCACGAUCGCGAACUCGAUCUGGAGGAUCUGGCCGAGGCGAAGCGCAUCAAGCUCGAGCAGUCGAUGCAGCUGUGCCACUUCCAGAACGACGCGAAUCAGGUGAUCUCGUGGAUCCGCAACGAGGAAGCGAUGCUGAUUGCCAGCUUCUCCAUCCCCAGCGCCUUGCCGGAAGCGGAACAGCUGCGCAAGGAGCACGAACAGUUUCAGGUGCGGAUCGAUCGGCCGCACACGGCGGCCGUGCAGGUGAAGUAUCGGGCCGAUGCGCUGAUGAACGCGAACCACUACGACCCGCAGAGCAUCAAGGACAUUGCGGACGAGGUGACGAAAAAGUGGCAAAAACUGGUGACUUGCGCCGAGGAGCGCCACAAGCUGGUGACGGCUUCGUUGAACUUUUUCAAAACGGCCGACCAAGUGUGCAACGUACUCGACAGCCUGGAGAAGGAGUAUCGGCGCGAGGAGGACUGGUGCGGAGGGGGCGGGUCGACGGACAAGGGCCAGCAGAUCGUACAGCUCAUCACGAAGCACCAGGAGCAGAAGGAGGCAUUCCUGAAGGCGUGCACGUUGGCGCGCCGAACGGCGGAAACGUUCCUCAAGUACGCGGCCCGUUCGCUGCAGUUCUACCACGUGAAUCCGAGCACGAUCAAUAGCGAGUCGCGCGUCAAAUCGAUCCUGGACAAGCUGCUCACACAGGAAACGCAGGUGCUCGAGUACUGGACGCAGCGCAAGAAACGGCUCGACCAGUGCCAGCAGUUUGUGCUGUUCGAGCGAUCGGCCAAGCAGGCGAUCGAGUGGAUCCAUGACACGGGCGAAGCGUACCUUUCGUCGCGCAAAAAUAAACUGUGCUCGAGCCGCGAGGAGUCGGAACUGUUGCUGCGCGAGCACAACGAGUUCAAAAGCACCGCCAAGGAAACCCGAGAACGGGUGAAGCUGCUGAUCCAGCUAGCGGACACACUGGUGGAGAAGGGCCACGCGCACGCCAGCUCCAUCAAGCAGUGGGUCGCGACGGUCGAUUACCGCUACAAGGACUUCAGCAACCGGAUGGAGAUCUAUCGAUCAAAUCUGGAGAAAUCGCUCGGCCUACCGGGUAUCAUACAGCAACCGGAUGACAAUAAUCUUAGCAGUAGCAAUAACAGUAACCAUAGCAGUAACCAUAGCAGUAACUCUAGCAUUAACAACGGCAAAGCCUCCCUUUCUGCGGCCAGCUCGAGCUCGGGCAUCUCGUCGUCGGGCGGAUCUGUUGCCCUCGGUGUUGCCGCCAUCGCCAUGGCCUCAUCGUCCUCGAUCGUGCUGGUGGCCAGUGGCGAGUACGGUAGUAGCAGUGGCAUCGGGGCAGGGUCAGGUUCGAGCGCAACGCACCACUCCGGUUCGUCGUCGUCAUCGUCGUCGGUGCUCGAGUACCGCCAUUCGGAUCCAUCACUCGAAACGAAGCUAAAUGCUGCGGCAGCCGCCUCUGGAGCGGUCGGCGCGGCCCAGAAGGAAAUCAACGAAGAGAAGCGCAAAUCGGCGCGCAAGAAGGAGUUCAUAAUGGCCGAGCUACUUCAGACGGAGCGAACGUACGUGAAGGAUCUCGAGACGUGCAUCGGAGUGUUUCUGCGCGAGCUCAAAGGUGGCCAGAGCGUGCCCGCCAACCUGCUCGGGAAGGAGCACAUCCUGUUCGCGAACAUUGAAGACAUUUUCCAGUUCCACGAAAAAAUAUUUCUGCGCGAGCUCGAAAAGUACGAAACGAUGCCGGAGGACGUCGGCCACUGUUUCGUGACGUGGGCCGCCAAGUUCGAUAUGUACGUGCACUACUGUCAGAACAAGCCGCAGUCGAUGGACUACAUGGUGCAGCACGGCGGAACGUACUUCGAGGAGGUCCAGCGGAAACACAAACUCGAGCACUCGCUACCGGCGUACCUCAUCAAGCCAGUGCAGCGCAUCACGAAGUACCAGCUGCUGCUGAAGGAUCUGCAGUCGUGCUGCGAUGAGGGCCAGGGCGAGAUCAAGGACGGGCUCGAGGUGAUGCUGAAUGUGCCGAAGAAGGCGAACGAUGUGAUGCACCUAUCGCUGCUGGAGCAGUGCGACGUACCGAUUAACAAUCUGGGCGACGUCGUGCUGCAGGACUCGUUCCUUGUGUGGGACAACAAACAGAUCCUGAUCAAGAAGGGCCGCGACCGGCACGUGUUCCUGUUCGAGCUGUACAUUCUGUUCUCGAAGGAAGUCAAAGACACCAAUGGCACGGUGAAGUACAUCUACAAACAUAAGCUCCUAACAUCCGAUUUUGGCGUUACGGAGCACAUCGAGGGCGACGAGUGUAAAUUUGCCAUCUGGACCGGGCGCGCCCCCAUACUGUCCGACUAUCGGAUAGUGCUGAAGGCGAACAGCCUCGAAACGAAGCAGCUGUGGGUGAAGCGAAUGCGCGAGGUCAUGCAGGAGACGUACUUCUCUGGCACCUCGUUCUCGCUGCUAAAAUCACCGGCCAAGGUGAGCGGCAAGAACCUUGGCCAGCGGCUGUCGAAGGACAUUGAUGAUACGCUCAACGACAACGAUCAGGAUGGCAGUUCGUUGGCCAGCUUCGGGUCCGGCAACACGACCGACAGCGAGAAGGGCGGUUUGGCGGAGAUGACGUGGGUCAUAGCGGACCAUACGGCGGCCCCCGGCACGUCGGAGCUGAGUGUCAGCAAGGGCCAACAGGUGGAGAUCGUCGACAUGAGCUGCUCCGGUGCCCCCGAGUUCUGCCUCGUCCGGCUCUCGGUCAACGCGUCCGACAGCCAGGAAGGGUUGGUCCCGGUCGUGGUCCUGAAGCCGCUCCCGUCAUCGCACAGCAAGCUGAGCAGCAAGCAACAGCGCGAUCAGGACACCCUCGGAGAAGUCCCCCAGGAAAACGACUGCAUCCUACCGAACCAACACACAUCGCCUGUCAACAAGCGGAAAGGCUUCAGCGGGAAAAAAUGGCUCCCAACCCAGUUCCGCAAGCUGUCGCACGGAAAAUCGGAUAAGCUACCGCCGGUGGAGAAAUCACUCAUCGGCAAGAAAGGUUCCGAUAAGAAGAUCAAGCCCAAUCAACAGGACAAAUCAUCUAGCGAACUGGAACCAUCGACCGCGGCGGCAGCAGCAGCAGCGGCUGCAUCGUCCUCCGUGCAGCAGUUGGAAGCGGAAGACGAGGAAGCAACGGCGAUCGAGCUUCCGCCUCCGAUGAAACCGAUUCAAGAUUCAACCGCCGCCCUGGCGGCGGUUCCGUCGGCUUCCGACGAUGCGACAAGCACGACCACCAAGAUCUCCAAGGCGCUCUCGUUGAAGUCACUCGAGGAACCGCCGGGCACGCAGCCGACGGCAGAUCUGGCCGAGAUCGAACAGUUCGUCAAGCAGAAGGUGGAAAGCUUAAAGUAUCUCGACAACGACGGUGGCGGUACCAACACGCUGAUGCUCGGCGAUGGCAGUAUAGUCGGCUCGUCGGCAAUGAUGGCACUGAACGGGAGUGCCGUUGGUCACACGAUCGGUUCAACGCUCGCCAAACCGACCCUUUCGCCGCAAUUCUCCGAGAACGAGGCAACCGACGAAAAUUUAGCCGAAGAGCAGGGCAUCGAGGACAUACUGCGGAAGCGCAACUACGCCCUGCGCGAGCUGAUCACGACAGAGGAAGCGUACGUGAACGAUCUUUCGCAGAUAGUAAAUGGUUACAUCGCGGAAAUUCGAAAUCCCACCAGCACGGUUCCGAUUCCGGACGAUCUGAAGGGAGGCAAGGAACGGAUGGUGUUUGGUAACAUUGAAGCAAUAUACGAGUGGCACAGAGACCAUUUUCUAAAGUCAUUACAAAAGUGUCUGCAAAACCCAUACGAACUCGGUUUGCUCAUUAAGCGCAGCGAGCGAAAGCUGCACAUGUACGUCGUCUACUGUCAGAACAAACCGGUGUCGGAGCACAUUGUGCAGGAGCAUAUGAGUUACUUCGAUGAAUUACGCUUAAAAUUAAAGUAUAAACUAUGUUUAGGAGAUAUGCUCAUCAAACCAGUCCAAAGAAUAAUGAAGUACGAGUUACUGUUGAAAGAUAUCCUGAAGCAUACUCAGCGGGCCGGUCUCACCGAGGAAUUACCAGGAUUGAAGGAAGCGAUGCAUAUAAUGCAAGUAGUUCCUAAGGCGGCCAAUGAUAUGAUGGACGUCGGCCGGUUACAAAAGUUUGAGGGUAAAAUAACGACGCAGGGCAAGCUGCUACUGCACGGCCCGCUGUACUGUGUCGAGGGUGCCUCUAGUAGUGAUAAGAACUCGUACAACUCCCAAAAACCGAAAGAACUGCACGUGUUUCUUUUCGAGCAGAACAUCAUUUUCGCGGAAAUUGUUGGUAAGAAAACGCAGUUUACUAGCCCCAACUACAUCUACAAGGCCCACAUUCAGGUGAACAAAAUGACGCUGCAGGAUGUUUCCGAUCAAACCAACGGUAAUCGGUUCUCUCUUUGCUCAAUCGACCCGCAACGCUCCAGUCUGUCGUACAUUUGCACGGCUCCGACUGUCGAGCUGCAUAACGAGUGGCUCAACACGAUACACGAAAUACUGAAAACGCAAAACGAUUUCCUCAAAGCGCUCGUAUCGCCUAUCGCCUAUCAGAAGGGCGAGCUGGCGAAGGAUUCGUAAGCCGCGGAUCGGCUCUCGGGCUGAGGACAAAUCCUGUGCGCCGCGCCGUAUCUGAGCAAUGUUAGCGCAAUUGUACUUCGUGUUGUUUUUAGGUUAAUUUUCGCUCAGCACGGUACAGCACGUUACGGCCACCGAUCGGCGUUUUGUUUUAUCCAACUGCAUUCGAACGAGCAUAUUCGCAAUCAUCACCGUUUUCCUACUUCGCUUUGGCGGCGGCACCGUAAUACGGAGUAUUAUUUUACUUUGCUUAGUAGGUUAAGCAAAAUCGAUUCUUGGCUACCACAAGAUGCAUUUCAAAGACGAUUGUUCGUAAACAUCACGCAAUGGUUGUUUGCUGAGGAGAAACAUCAACACUCUCAUCACGAACGUGUUUUAACAAAGUCGAUCCAUUCGGAUGACAUGCGUAUCAUCACAUUUAGAUAAAUCACGAGAAUGGCUAUAACGACAGACGAGGGCAUGUUACAAAGUUUUUCUCCCGUGUAUACUGCAUGCAGCAUAUUCGAUUUACCGUUUUUGGCUGGAUUAUAAAUGGUCAAAAAUGAAUCUUCGCUUGACUAAACCUCAACAUGGGAUAAAUAGCCGCCAAGUGAUCAGCAUACAAGAGCGCCGUAGAAAGUGCUUGCGGUUCAAAAGGCUAAAAGGGAUGUGAGGGUGACAAUGCAGCAAACAAGUUUUGCUCGGGAAAAGUGCACGUUAUUCAUCUUUCGCACUUACCACACGUUACAGCAAACGAUAGAGAACGGCUUAUUUGCUGUGAAGAUAUGUUAACAAAAGAAACUAACGAAAUGAAUAUAAAAUCAUACAAAACAUACAAGUUAAAUCAACGCGAGCAAAGCAAUUGCUGCACAUAAUAGACAAGGCAGCUACGUUAACACGUGAGCACGUGAGCAAAAGUAUUAGCACGCAUCCCAAAAACAGUUGGCAAGCACACCGAGUUCGGCUUUGGUCCUGCCGCAGUGAUCGGUAGUCGCGCAAGAAAUUACUGUAACAAACCCUAAUGAAGCAACUAAAUCAUACGAUCAAACAAAACGAUGUAUCUCAAAGGCAAAUACUGCACUAGCAAAACCCGUGAAUCAAGGCGGUCGAAGGAUGGAAUGCGACAAGCUAUAGAAAUAUUAGCAUAGAAUACUGAUAACACUCAAGAGAAACCAACAAAGUAAAGUAAAGUAUAUAUUUUAUGAAUAUGAUUAUUAUGGUCGAAUCCAGAGAACAAAACAAAUCCAUACAAAGAUGAACUCAUGCAGUAAGACAGACAAAAGUGCGCAUCGUGAUGUUAGUGAAAAUUGCAAACAACCUCACAAUCACCCAUUCACAUCUUAUCAUACACAUCGAUCAUGGCGGCAAGCAUUAAGGCGUCCUCCUUGUAAAGAAACGAGUAGUCCAAGAACGUCGUAGGCAACCAAUACCGUAGACAAGAGAAAGAGAACGGUCCCCAGGCGCGCUGCUCUACCGAGAGCCGAACAUAUUUUUGAUAUUUUGUCAUUUUUCCCUCCCGCGUUUUGUAAACUCUGAUUAACCACAACCGAUCAAUGGUGUUUGCGCGGCGCAAACCUUGGUCACGAGGCUGAAUGGUUUCUGCUGAUUCUGAAUCUUGGAGGAUACAGCUGUAAGCAAACUACUUUCGUUGUGCACAAAAAAACACGGACUGUAUAAAAGAAGAAAAGCCCCUUCGAGGAAUUUGUAAAAUGUUUCCGCCUUUCGCUGAGCGAAUUUCUAGGACGAUUACCGAACCGUGCACAAAAUAUGAACCCCAGAUUCCGGGUGAAGUUGUUGAACCCUCUACACAUCUGGUAGAACUGCUUGAGGAGCACAUGUUUUUAGUACAUUUUUCGUAGCAAUCGGAUAAUGAUUCGAAUUCGAGGAAUUCGUCUUUCCUCGUGAACAAAACAAUCCAGGGAAUGAUGGUUCUUUGAAAUGCUUAGCUUUUUUGUAAAACCGGGUAAAUCAAAUGCUCGCGACGAUAACGUCUGGCGAAGAAUGAGUUUCACAUGGAUUUGACUGGGAAAAAGGAAAAUUAUUUUGGCAUUCGCUAGAUACCCAGGGUUUUUUAAACUUUCGUUUAACCAUUAGGAAAAUGAGCGGGAUCACGCUUUUUUAAAGAAAAAUGCGAACUCUUUUGCUUUUAACUGCUUUUUAAUUUGUUAAUUUCUUAGUUACUUUCGCGAUGGUAAGUUAUUUUUAUUUGUACAAAAUUUGAGACUUCAAUUAUUCAAAAUGUUCACAUUUCGUUCGUUACAUAAGAAAUUUAGCAAAUUUAAAAUUCGCUACCUUCAUCCUUUGAAGCAUGUGAAGUUGAAGUGUCCCACUAGACAUGACCCUUCAACGAGCUCAUUUGGACUAACAAUCGGAACAUCCAUAGUCUCAAGGCGUUUGUAAGAAUGUACGCAUCCCACCAUAUGAAAAGCUAAAUCUGUAUCGUGACAUUAUGGUUGUACACCUAAAAUCGGCCAUUAGAGAUCUUUCGUUACACUAUUAUUUUACGUUAGCUGUGAUCAGUGUAGAAUAUGCUCUGCGUCUAGCAUCGUCUCCGAAUAUCAACUCCUCCGACACUUGCUGUCCCCAAUCGGUUGAAGAUGAGCGGCAUUAUUUCACAAUACGUUCUGCUAUUGCUGCUAGAAGAAAAGAUUUUGCAAAACGUUGUACUCGUGGUUGAAUUGCUUUUCUAUGAUUGUGUUAAGAAAAUUAGCAAACUAAACAAACCAUGUGACCAAUGUGUCGCGGCUGUGUCCCUCUAUCGAGGGCAGUGGAAUCGAUGAGCGAUAUUUCUGUUUGCAGCUGCUAGAAGCUUCGUGCAACUACAAAGUGACGAACGGUGGAGUGCAAAUAAGCAAACGUGUAAAUUAAAAGCGCAAUCAUACACACUGCAAGAAGACGAGGAGCAUAUUAGGAAUGGAUUAAAAAACAUCUGUGUGAUAAUAUAUAAUAGCAUUAAGUUAUAACUUUUAAUUUAUACAUUUAUCCUAAAUUUAAUGGCGUAAAUAUAAAUCCAAAAUCCUACUUACUAUCCUACCACUCGUCCUGUUCUGUUAACUAAUCGAAUGCGGGACCCGCACAGUCAGAACGAAAGUGGAAGAACAAGAGAUGAAAAUCAUGUAAAGUAACGAUGUAAGAAUGUGAAGAACGAAGCGUUUCGUCCGCAACCAGGCGUUGAUUGCGGUGAAGGAAGCGGCAGGGUCCGGGAAUUGAUGAAACCCGAAUCAUCACAUCAUCACAAUAAAUAAAAA